AUGCCUCUCAAGGCCGGCGACGACUUCCCCGAGGGUGUUUCCUUCACCUACAUCCCUCCCAGCCCCGAGACUGAGGAGUUUGCCGCCUGCGGCAUGCCCAUCAAGUUCGAUGCCAGCAAGGAGUUCAAGAACAAGAAGGUCGUCCUCUUCGCCCUGCCCGGUGCCUUCACCCCCACCUGCUCGGCCUCGCACGUCCCCGGCUACAUCGCCAAGUUCCCCGAGCUCAAGGCCAAGGGCGUCGACCAGGUCAUCUGCGUCGCCUACAACGAUGCCUACGUCAUGUCCGGCUGGGGCAAGGCCAACGGCGUCAAGGACGAGUCCAUCCUCUUCGUCUCCGAUGACGGCGUCAAGUUCUCCUCGGCCUUCGGCUGGACCCAGGGCGAGCGCACCAACCGCUACGGCAUGAUCAUCGACCACGGCAAGGUCAUCUACUCGGAGCUGGAGCCCCACCUGCAGGCCCAGGAGGUCUCGACCGCCGAGGCCAUGCUCAAGGUCUUGUAA